UCGUCGUGAAACACGGCACUUCCGACGAUCUGUACACAACGGUAUACUGCAUAUAUCGCACGCGGCAUAGACCGUGUAUAUACGUUAUAUGCACGUUGUCCUCGGCGAUGCCGCUCACGAUAUACCCCGUAUGCCUGCCUCGUCGUCGACGCCGACGACUCGAGCGUAGUCUUAGCAACCGGCCGACCAUACAAAUAGUAGAUAUUACACGCUGGAUACGCUUGCGUGAAGCCGAAUCGUGUCAAUAUUCCAAUCGCGAUCUCGUCCUGGCGAAGAGAAUCCACACGUUGCGUGGGCUCGUCCCAAUUCCGUGAGUGCACCUGCGACUCACGGAUCCUGGGAGAAUCCAGGGCGACUUGCCAUUCGAGCGACCAUUGUUACCGCUAUUCUCGUCGUUAUGGGUAAUCUCGCAAUUAUUGUCCUUGCAAUUGUUGCAAAUUACUGCCUAAAACUUUCCCUGCAAAUUACGCGCUGCAGAGUGAGCGAAGCAUGCUUCACGCCACGAGUAGCUGGUCGAGGGAGGAUCGAUAAUGCGUUUUCGCGGGGUAAAUCGAUAGGCGAGAACGCGGUAUGCGAAACGCUCUUUCUUUCUGAACGGCGGAGGAGUAUCGCUCGCGUAAAGCGCGUGAAAUGUAAAUUAGGUCGACCGGCUGUUUUCACCAGCGAGGUAUGCACGCUGCCAAAACAUAAUUCUAUUUUAAGCCGAGAUUUAUCAAAUGCGCACACGCGAGCGCAAGUUCCCACACUCGAAAGCAGUGUCCCUCAUGCAGUUUUGAUCUCGUACGCACGUUCGUGACACAAUGCGCUUGCAGAUAUCAGCUUAGCCUUCCUACGAUUACGUAAUCCAUUCAUAACUAGACUCGCGUAGGGAUUGCGAAGGCUGCGCCGGCUCUCGCUCUUUCGACAUUGACGGCCUGCAAUGAUAUAUCGUUUUUGGCAAAGGACUGAUAUAAGUGGCCGCAUAUUACAGUAACGCCCCUUUGCGAUACAACUUUCGUGUCGAACACGAGCCUGAGCUCGCACAAUCGCCAGACCCUCCAUGGAGAUCGUUGUACUAAAUUAAAGCUAACACAGUCACAAAAUUUUGGGAGGAAUCUGUGAAUUGGGCUUACCAAUGUUACUUCAGCGAGGUCAGAUUAUAAUGUAAUAAACCCACGCAACGCGCAAAGCACCUUUGAAACAUGUGUGUUUUGUGGAAAAAGAUAUAAAAGUAUAAUGAAGUCAAAAUAAUAUUCGUGGCAGCUGAUAACAACGACUGACCAGUCGAAGAGCCUUUCGAAAUCCGUAACAUCACAAAUCGAUCUUACUGAAGUUAAAGGACUUGAUCUGAUCGAUUUAAAGGACCGUCGCAAACGAGAUGCGAGUCUCACUAAAUUUGACUCGGUAUCUCCGUGCUCCCUGCAAAGAUGUUGGAGAAGAUCAAAGGAGAAUCGCUACAAAGUCGCGCUUUCUCGUUCUCCGUAGUUAAGUGGACACAAAAUUGGCUCGGUGCCUUACCAAGACCGUACAAAAGACGUGCUCGUCAACAACAACAAAUCAGUUCGUGUCAACAAGGAGAUAUCGAGCGAUAUCAUUGCAAAGCGCCAUGGAGCCGAGGCAGACGGAGGAGUUGCUCCAGUUUCAUCUACGAGAGAACAAUCUGCCGCAAGACGAGAGUCGCUCAUGGAGAAUUGAGCGCUCCCCUCUGGGCGGUCGCGGCAUGUUCGCCAUGCGAGACAUCCAGCCGGGUGAGCUGAUCUUCAUGGACGUCCCGUUGCUGCUGGGACCGCGAUGUCACAGCAAGUACCUGCCGAUGUGCGUGGUCUGCUACAAAAAUGACUGCCCGCUCUUCCCGUGCGAUCACGGCUGCGGCCUGCCGAUCUGUUCGACCAAGUGCGAGAACUCGCUGAUGCACGCACGUGCUGAAUGCAGAAUCCUCCGAGAGUUGGAGCCCACCUGCGGUUCCACCUGGUCCAAGGAUCUGUUACUAACGGUGGUGCUGAUACGCGCCCUUGCGCUCUCCAGCGAACAGCGCAGGCUCUUGUUCGCUUUCGAAUGCCACCUGAAUCUUGCUCCUAAUUAUGAGAUCGACUUGCUGAAGAGGAACAUAACCCACCUACCUGACGAAGAGCAACUGGCGCUCAUGAAACGCAUCUGCGGAAUUUUCAACACCAACUCCUUCGAGGUUGUGGCCGUACGGGACAAGGAUCGCGUGGUGAGCCUACGUGGUAUUUAUCCGAUAGGCGCCUUGCAGAAUCACUGCUGCGUGCCGAACACCAGGCACCACUUCGACGAUCAGCAACGGCUGUAUAUGAGCGCAGCGCUUCCCAUAGCGGCUGGCCAAGAGAUCACCAUGUCCUACACUGAUCUGCUGUGGGACACGCGCAGCAGGAGAUGCUUCCUGCGAGUCACCAAACACUUCUCCUGCGACUGCAAUAGAUGCUCCGAUCCCUUGGAAUUCGGAUCCCAGCUUGGAGCGCUUCUCUGUGCCAAAGAAAACUGUCCAGGGCACUUGUUACCUUGCGAUUCUCUCAGCUACGAGUCCUCUUGGACCUGCAGCGAGUGCCAGACUAGUGUGAGCCAUAGACAGAUUGAAUGUAUUUAUUCGGCACUGAACGCACUCGUGCUCGAGGCUAUAAACAAAGCUCCGCGAGAAUUUUUGAGAUUUUUAGAAAUGAAAUUAUCAAAAUUGAUACCAACUAGUAAUUAUAUCAUGGUAGAUGCCAAGUAUCGUGUCAUCUCCUACUUUGGCAGAAUUCCUGAUCUCACAUGGGACGAUCUUACCGAUGCGGAACUUAGAAUUAAAAAAGCGUACUGUAAUGAUGUGCUUUCCAGUUUGGACAUUUUAGGGUCAGGAGAUUCUAUAAAGAAAGGCCUCGUUUUAUAUGAGCUGUAUCGCACGAAACUUGAAUUAUCUAAACGUCAGACUUCCAAAGAUGACGAUAAACAGAGGCAUCGGUAUAAGAAAAGUGAUGACAAUGAAUGUCUAUUACAAAAGGCCAUGAUUAUAUUGCAAAAUGAUGUUGGUGCUGCUCUCGUUCGCAGAAGUGAUUAAUGUAAAUUAACAGCCGUAUUUAUUGCGUUACAUUCGACGUCUGAAUGGAUAUAUAUAUAUAUGUAUAUUCAUAUACAUAACAUAUAUACAUAUAUAUAUAUACACAUAC